AUGCGUUUCAGUUUCAUUUUGUCACUUGCUAUUGGCACGUUAGCAGUCGUUGCUAGCCCAAGCAGUAGAUACGGAAGUUCAUCAGGAGGACGAGGAGGGGGUGAAGGUUCUAACAGAAAAGAAGCCAUUAGUGUUCCUGCCCCUAACUUAAGGCUCGUCUGCGAGGCCCCAGCUAGGCUCAGCACAUGCCAAAGAAACUGCGAUUGUAAUUACAUUCCCGAGGGUUCCACCCAACCCGAUUGCUCAGAACCAGUCUGCUACGACAAUUGCUUUUGUCAAGAACGAACGCCACCUCCAACCUAUUAUGAUCCGAAGUAUGAGAAGGGUGACUCAGCCAGACCUAUUCCUAAGUACGCAAAGUCCGGAAAGAACGAUUUCCGUAGUUCAUCCAGCGGCAGAAAGAAGAAGACACAUCAUUAG